AGAAAUAGAUCUCAUUAUCCAUUGGGAAAAUACUAUUGCAAUCAAGAACGUAGACUCGCACCCGAAGCGACAAUCAUACUAGACCAAACAGUUUUCAGAGCCACCGUAUUUCUCCAGUGAACUCUCCUCUUUCCGUUCUUCCUUCUUGAAAAUUGAUUCAUCUCCUGUUGGUUGUUGUACACAAAAUCGGACCUAGGGUUUGCAUGGUCAUUCUUCCAUUCCAUUUUACAGUAGUGAUCUAAAUCGACAUUCGAAGUUUUUUAUAAUUGGAUAUUCAUUCUUUGUCGAUUUCGCAACUUGUUCUGAACUUGCGAGUCCAGCAACAAGUCGAAUUCCCGUAGCAAUGGAUCAAUCCAGCAAUCACGUUGUUGGAGUUGAUAAUACUUUUAGAAAAAAGUUCGACAAAGAAGAGUAUUUGCAGCGUGCUCGUGAACGCGAAGAGAAGGAGGCGGAUGGUCGGAAAUCUAAGUCAAGAGGACCUCCAGUGCAAAGGAAGCCCUUGAAACCAAGAGAUUAUCAAGUGGACCUCGAAUCUCGUUUGGGAAAGACUCAGGUGGUUACUCCAAUUGCACCAUUAAGUCAGCAGGCUGGAUAUUAUUGCCCAGUAUGUGAAUGUGUGGUGAAGGAUUCUGCGAACUACUUAGACCAUAUCAAUGGGAAGAAACAUCAACGAGCUUUGGGUAUGUCUAUGCGGGUAGAAAGAUCCUCUUUAGAGCAGGUCCAACAACGAUUUGAAGCAUCCAAGAAGCGUAAAGAUACAGGAAGCUUUACUGUGCAAGAUUUUGAGGAGCAAUUAUUGAAACAACAGCAGGAAGAGGAAGAAAGGAAACAAAGAAGAAAGAGAAGAAGGUUUAAAGAGAAGGCUGCAGAGGAGGAACCUGAAAUAGACCCUGAGGUUGCAGCUAUGAUGGGAUUUGGGGGUUUUGAAACUUCAAAAAAGUGAUUGCUUUGGCCAUUAAUCUCUCGCGAGAAUAGCUUGGACUGGAGUAAUCUGCCAGAGGCGUGUGCUUUAUUUUGAAAUGGUCUAAAAUGUGAGAAAUUCCAUUUUAGGUAGUAGCCAGGCAGGGCAGUUGAGGUUUGUCAAAUCUUAUGUUUGUCAAACUAGCCUCCAUAAUUUUCACAAUGAAUGAUUGUAACCACUGGUUUGGAGUAUAGAUGGCAUUUCCAAUUGUUCAUUGCUGA